AGCAAAGGACUGGUUCAAGAGACUGAAACAUGCGUGAAUGCAUCUCUGUCCACGUUGGCCAAGCUGGAGCUCAGAUUGGCAAUGCAUGCUGGGAGUUGUACUGCCUGGAGCAUGGCAUACAGCCUGACGGUCAGAUGCCCAGUGACAAGACCAUUGGAGGGGGAGAUGACUCCUUCAACACCUUCUUCAGUGAGACUGGAGCUGGAAAACAUGUUCCCAGGGCUGUCUUUGUGGACUUGGAGCCAACGGUCAUAGAUGAGGUGCGUACAGGUACCUACCGCCAGCUGUUCCACCCUGAACAGCUGAUCACUGGAAAAGAAGAUGCAGCCAACAACUAUGCCCGUGGUCACUACACCAUUGGCAAGGAGAUCAUUGAUCUGGUUCUCGACAGGACUCGUAAAUUGGCUGACCAGUGCACUGGACUCCAAGGUUUCCUCAUCUUCCACUCCUUUGGUGGAGGGACCGGCUCUGGUUUCACCUCCCUGCUAAUGGAACGUCUCUCUGUUGAUUAUGGCAAGAAGUCCAAGCUGGAAUUUGCCAUCUAUCCAGCUCCUCAAGUGUCCACAGCUGUGGUGGAGCCAUACAACUCCAUCCUGACCACCCACACCACUUUGGAGCACUCUGACUGUGCCUUCAUGGUGGACAACGAGGCCAUCUAUGACAUCUGCCGCAGGAACCUGGACAUUGAGCGUCCCACCUACACCAACCUCAACAGGCUGAUCGGCCAGAUUGUCUCAUCCAUCACUGCCUCGCUGCGUUUCGAUGGGGCCUUGAACGUCGACCUGACAGAGUUCCAGACCAAUCUGGUGCCCUACCCUCGUAUCCACUUCCCUCUGGCCACUUAUGCCCCAGUUAUCUCCGCUGAGAAGGCCUAUCAUGAACAGUUAUCAGUAGCAGAAAUCACAAACGCCUGCUUUGAGCCAGCCAAUCAGAUGGUGAAAUGUGAUCCUCGCCAUGGCAAGUACAUGGCCUGCUGUCUGCUCUUCCGGGGUGAUGUGGUGCCCAAAGACGUCAACUCUGCUAUCGCCACAAUCAAGACGAAGCGCACCAUCCAGUUUGUGGACUGGUGUCCCACAGGCUUCAAGGUGGGCAUCAACUACCAGCCUCCCACUGUGGUUCCUGGAGGAGACCUGGCCAAGGUGCAGAGGGCGGUGUGCAUGCUGAGCAACACCACAGCCAUCGCUGAGGCCUGGGCUCGUCUGGACCACAAGUUCGACCUGAUGUACGCCAAGAGGGCCUUCGUCCACUGGUAUGUUGGUGAGGGAAUGGAGGAGGGAGAAUUCUCUGAGGCCAGAGAGGACAUGGCUGCCCUGGAGAAGGACUACGAAGAGGUGGGAACCGACAGCAUUGGGGAUGAAGGAGAAGAAGAGGGGGAGGAAUAUUAAGUUGGACGCAAACUCGCAAAAUUACCUUGCUUGAAUAAACCUUAUGUUAUAGCAUUGACUUUGUGUAAUUUUAUUAUUGCAUAUUAUUGAGAGAAAAAGACCUUAUAUGGUCAGCAGACACUUGUGACAUUCAGGUAUUAACUGGAUGCAAUCAAUUAUUUUUAUGUAAGGGGGCGCUAAAAUUUCUUCUCUUCAUUGUUUGUUGGUUGAAAUGAUAAUAGAGAUUGUGAUGUAUAUAUGCAAUUCUUCUUAACAAUGGAAUUAGCUUUACAGUCGUCAGUAGGCCACUGUUAGUAGGCUCUACUGUCCAUCAUCUACAAAUGUCUGAUCUAUUCAGUUUUGCAGGUUAACCCAAUGUGUACAAAUUUAAAAGUGAGUUCAUGUAAUAGCAGCUCCCAAGAAUGACCUGCAACGGUUGUUCUUCUUUAUAGAUGAAUUAAAAAGAUUAAAAA